AUUCCAUUUUUCUUUUCGUCUUCGUCUUGGCACCAGCCUUCCUUCUUGGAAGCGAGAGAGAGAGAGAGAGAGGAGGGGAGGGAGGGGAGGCAGGCAUCGGUGAGCUCGGGAAGGCCCCACCCUUGCCUUCCCCCGGUCACUCACCACGCUCCCCUCUCACCAACUCCCUCUCGUAUCUCGUAUCUCCUUCCAAGAUCCCACCUUUUUUUUUUCGCCCCACCCAUUCUUGCUAGGAUCAUUCAUUGAUCUUUCGCUCGCUCCAAGACGCCCAUUCCAGCUCCGGAGAUCCCAUCUCGGGCACCUCCUGCGGUUUCCGAGCUCGAACAGGCCCAAAUUCAGCUCGAAUUCGAGCUGUUUCUGGCCGCUGAGCUCGAAUCAAUCCAAGAACAAGCGGCUCGGCAACAAGUGUCCUUGGCUUGCCCCGAUCCCCGGGCUUCGAUUCGGUCGAAUCCGACCUAAUUUUAUUGUUUUUUGUUCUCUCGCUGCGCUUUUCCUUUCUCCUUCCUGUCGCAAAGUGGGUUCCAUCGCGUCACCCGCACGGCUCCUCCGAUCGGGCGGCGAAAGAAAGCGGCACAAAAGGGAUAAAAGGCGAGCUCUUGAUGCGGUUUUGGUCGUAGCAGCAACAGCAACCCCACUGCUUGUGGCUUCGCCUGCUCUUUAUCCACACGGAGCAGCGGCAGCGGCAGCGCGCUACUCCGCCGGCGCGCGCUGAUGCUUGCCCUGCUCGCCGCCUUCGUCGUUGCCUGCCUGCUCUUCCUGUCCAAGCCAUGCGCGCGUGACAUGAGACUGUUCCUAGCCUCCCUGUUCCAGCAACUCGCGCUCUCGCUGCUCGGAUUCCUGGCGGGCCUCCGCCUGCACGGCGGCAUCGCGGCUGCCCCGGAGACCAUGCCGCUCAUGCCAUCCUUCAAGAGGAAGCGGGCGGCGGCAAUGGUGGAGAAUGCGGAGGAGGUCGCAGCCGGCGGCGGCGAGCCGUCGGUGCUCGACCUGCCCGAGCUGGCCAUCGAUUGCAUUCUCGAGAGGCUGCCGCCGGCGGAGCUGCGGAGCAUGACCGCCGUCUGCCGCUCCAUGCGGGAGCGCUGCCGCAGCGACCACCUCUGGGAGCGCCACAUGUCGGAGAAGUGGGGCCGCGUCCUGGGCCGCGCCGCCAGGGACGAGUGGAGGGCGCACCUGGCGUCCGCAAGCCGGUCCAGCGCCGCGGGCUCCGUCUCGGGCGGCGGCGGCAAGCGCCGGAGGUGGCUUGCCGCGCUGUCCUGCGUCUGUCCGGUGGUGUCCUGGAUGCGGCCCAGGGCAGACAGCGGCAAGUCCUCCGGCCCUGUGCUGGAUGAUUCCACCAUGUCGUGGUAUCUGUCCAUGGAAAGCGGCAAGUUCUGGUUCCCGGCUCAGGUUUACAACCGCGAGCAUGGCCAUGUUGGGUUCAUGAUGUCAUGCUAUGAUGCAGAGCUCAGCUAUGAUUACCAUUCCGACACAUUCCGUGCAAGGUAUCCACCACACGGGCGGCGAACUGUGGUCUUGGAGGAUGGGGUGCAAUGGGACAGGGUCAGGGCACCGCCUGUCGACACUCUUGCACAUGACCUACAUGCCUCCGACUGCCUACAUGAACUCCGGCCUGGCGACCAUAUCGAGAUUCAGUGGAGAAGGAAUAAAGAAUUCCCAUAUGGCUGGUGGUAUGGGGUUGUUGGCCACUUGGAGUCAUGUGAUGGAAAUGAACACUUUUGUCAGUGUCAUCUUAGUGAUACCGUUGUGCUGGAGUUCAAUCAAUACACGCCUGGCUCAAGAUGGAGGCAAGCGUUGGUGAACAGGAAGGACCACAGGGAAGAGGGCAACGAGGGCGACGGGUUCUAUGGCGGGAUAAGGAAGCUCCGCAGCAAGAAGGACAUCUCCAAGUGGAGGCAGCUGUGGCCAACAGACAUCCUGGAGUAGCAAAGAAGAGACUAUUUCGCCAUCGCCAGCUGUGGCCAUUCAUCAGAUUGCUCAAUUGACACACCUUCCAUUGACCAUUGCUGUGCUCUGUGGACGGCCACUUCCUCUGUCGUGCUGUUGUACACGGGUGACGGGUUAGAACAUGAGGUGACAAACAAAUCUGGUAGCUGGACACGGGUGUAAACUUGAUAUCAUCAGGCAUAGACUCCGCACGGUCGCACGGUCGCAGACUGCUUCCUAUUCAGGGGGGCUGUAAGCCUUCAAUGAGCCUCCAGCCAGUGUGUGUGCCUGUGGCCUGCGCCUUUGCCUGCUGUUGUAGCUGUAGAGCAGAAAGAUCAAAUGUAAAUUACAUUUUUUAGCUCAGAUUCAUGACUGAUUGCCAGAUUGGUAUA